AUGGAUUGGCUAGCUCAUUACCAUGCUCGGGUAAAUUGUAGGAUGAAAGUGGUAGAGUUUUACAUACCCGGUGAGGCAACUUUAAAGUUAGACGUAAGGGGUAUGUUAGCCUCAUCUGCGCUCAUUUCGGGAAUAAGGGCUAGGAAAUUACUUAGUCGUGGGGCGCACGGUUAUCUAGCUUUUCUAAUUAACACUCCGGGAGAGAAGAUUAAGUUGGAGGACAUGCCGGUAAUCCGAGAAUAUCCGGACGUAUUUUCGGAGGAGUUGGGGUCAUUGCCACCUGAAAGGGAGAUUGAAUUUAAGGUUGAUCUAGUACCCGAAACUACUCCUAUCUCUAAAAACCCUUAUCGAAUGGCACCUGCUGAGGUUAAGGAGUUAAGAGUGCAAUUGCAAGACUUGCUAGAGCGGGGAUUUAUACAUGAGAGCAAGUCACCAUGGGGAGCUCCAGUGCUAUUUGUUAAAAAGAAGGACGGGAGUUUAAGGUUAUGCAUUGAUUAUCGAGGACUGAAUGCAAAACAAGGAAAGUACAUCUGGGAUGUUAAGUGUGAGAGUAGUUUCCAAGAACUUAAGAAGCAAUUGACUAUGGCUUCAGUUUUAGUUUUGCCCAAUGGGAACGAUAGCUACACGGUUUAUACCGAUGCUUCAAAAGAGGGGCUAGGGUGCGUGUUAAUGCAAAAUAGGAAUGUGAUUGCCUAUGCGUCUCGAAAGUUAAAACUUCAUGAGCAGAACUAUCCAACCCAUGACUUGGAGCUUGCAGCUGUUGUGUUUGCCUUGAAAAAAUGGCGACAUUAUCUAUACGGUGUGACUUUCGAGUUCCGAAAUCGUGUCGUUGUACCUAGGGAUGAGGAGUUAAAGAGGGAGAUUUUGAAAGAAUCUCACCGCUCUAAAUAUACGGUGUGA